CCAACACUGAAAGGAUUUUACAACACGGAUCUGUCACCUUGUGAAGAAAGUUCUGCCUUGUCAUUGCCGUGCGAAGAAGUGCUAAUAUUCAAGAAAAUUUACCAAAAGUCUUAAUUAGUUGUCAUUUGAAAAUGCCGCGACCGAGGAAAGUGAAGCAGGAAACCAGUCCUGCCUCUGGUGCACAGAAAACUAUGGAUCCAAUUGUUAUUAACCUUUCGGAAUCCGAUUCUGAGGCAGACGAGGAGUACAUUAAGCAUUUGUUUAGUGAGGAUAUCCUCAAGCAGUUGGACUUGGACGAUAAAAAACAAUCCGACUUUUCGGAUCAACAUGAUGAUCAGCCUUCCGAACAUAAAGAUAAUCCGUCGAAGGAGAAGAAAAAGAAACGCAAAAACAAGAAGAAAAGUAAGAAUAAGAAAAGCUCCAGCUCGGAAAAGCACACAAGUGUUAAGACCGAAAAUGUCGAUGCCGUCAAAGACGAUGGCUUUUUGAAGCCCAAAGAAGAGCCAGUUAAACGUGAAAAUACCUACAUAAAUCCCAUACUGUGUGCCCCAAUGCUGAAGCCACUUCCUACAAAAUUUUGCAUUGGGGAUGUAGUGCUCGACUUUGGCCUCGAUGAGGACUCGGAGCCUAUGCAUGUUAUCCCUGAAUUGGAGCCGAGGCAGCCGUCCAGCACCCAUAGGGUUGUAAAGCCACGACGUCUGCCAACCAAGUUCAAGGAUAAGCCGCCUCCAAAGCCACGCAAGCCCAUAAUUAAGCCAUCGACCACUACCGAAAAGAAACCAAUCGAUUGGGAUUGGCUGAUGGACAAGAAUUUUCGUCCCAUUUCGCCGAUACCAAGAUCUGCUGUAGACGAUUUAAUGGAUCUUCCCUCCUCGCAGGACAUUGUGGAUAGCUACAUGAAGGCAAAGAAUGAUUCGAUACCCAUGUCCGAAGCGGAAUGGCCGAUUUGUUUAGUGGGCGGCAAACACAACGCCAAGACUCCACCCCGGGAACCAAUCGUGGACUCUGACAAGGAGUCAGAAAAGGAGGACGCCUUGAAGGAAACUUGGAAUACCACAGGUGAGGAAUACUUCAAUUGGGAGAAUUGGGAUAGGAACAGACAUAUAGAGAGCCAGGCCAAGCCAAAAGUAAAGGAGGAGGAAAUGCAUAUGGGUCAUUUGGAGAUCGGGCCGGAGGAGGAGCGUGCCAUGAAGGAAUGGAUCAAAUCGGAGUUGCUAAGCGAACCCUUAAGCGAUAUCGAGGAGUUCGAUAUGCUUUUGAGUUUGGCCAAGGACUAUCCUAAAAACCAUGAUCUUCUGUUCGAUUUACUAAGCCCCAACAACGGAAAAAGUUCGGCAAGGGAGGUCAGAAAACCACUCCCUGCUCGUCCACUAGAUAAAGUUACCAUUAAAAUAGAGCCCGUGGAUCCACAAAUCCCCACAAAUCCAGUCAUUCAGCCUAUUAUCCCCGCUUUUAAGAUAAAACAGGAACCAAUCGAUUACGACGAAACGCCUAAACCCACUUUGCCAUUUAUGUCGGAUGUUACUGUGCCAUUUAUAAAACAGGAACCAAUCGAUGAUGGGUAUGAUCGGGUAGUUGAGAACUGCAGACCAGAACGCCCCAUCAUUUUGGAUGUCAAGGAUAUAGGUCCGGUGCCGCCCAAGCCGCAGGACGAGGCUGCUAUCCAGGAGUGGUUGCAGCAGUGCAGCGUUACAAUUUCCCAGCAGCUGCAGGCGCUUAUCUAUGCCGAAAAUACCCCCAAGGAGAACUCCACUGCACCGGGAGCCGUUGACUUUGAGACAGCGAUCAGCAUGGAGCAGCUAAAGCCCCCCUCUCCGGAAAAUCAAGCAACUAAAAUGAAUACUAUUCCGGAGAAUGGCUGGCAGAAUAGCUUUCGAGUGCGUCUCGAGGACUUUGAGGACAUCAUCGAUCAAAAUAUGACGGAGUUCAGGGAUCCGCAGGCCAAAAAACUGCGCACCAAGUGGAACCAGCAGUUCGGCUGCAAAGCGGCUGAAAGCUUGAGGCGCAACUUGCUCAUGCCACCGCUUCCAGUGCACUUGGACCAGUGUCUCCAGAAGAUCAGGAUCUUGCGACGUCCUACCAAACGCAAAGUGGAGGAUCUACGUCUACGCAUCGAGAUGAAGUUCUGCAAGAUGUUCUGCACUCUGCAGUUAAAUCGAAACAUCGUCCUUAAGGCUGCUGUGAAUCGACUGGAUAAUUCUGUCUAUAGCACCGACAUCGAUGUGAUCCAAAAGCGCUUUGUGGCCACCCAGAUAGCAUGGAUUUGGUCCAACGGCACUCUGAUGAUUAUCAACGGUAGGGGCCAGAACAUGCUGGCCGAAACUCAACGGGAGCUAAUGAUGAAGUUAACGGGUCAGUUAAAUUUCGUGGCCGAACCUGCCAACAAGCUGCUUCAUUUGCGUCUCGUAUCGUACGCCUAUUAUCCCUGGAGGAUCCUGCUCACACAGUUCAGUGAGGCAUACGCCUUGUGCUCGGAGCCGCUCCAGUCUGACAUGCACUACGUCUACUAUGUGGACAAGACAAUGCCGGGAGUGGCAGCCCGGGUCCACGAGUCGGGGAUGAUCCACGUGUUUGCUAUGACCACCGCCGAGGCAGACAAAAUGCUCCAAAAACUUUACCUAAUCACGGCCAAUUAUCGCAAGCUCGAACCGAAAAAAGAACCCAAAUCUUAACUUUGUG